UGUGUUUCGAAAUACGUUGAAAGAGUAAUUUUGUUUACAUAAUUAUUAAAAUAUACUGGCUUUUCUAGCUAUUUAUUAAAUAAACAAAAAACAAAUAAUUAAAAAUUAUUAUAAAAUUAUAUUAUUAUUGAUAAUUACUUUUAAUAUUGCCACAUCAUUAUUCCAUAAUUGUUGAUGAUUAUAUUUUUCAUGAUAAACAACAUAUUUGACAUUUCGUAUUUGUCCAUUAUUUAAUGUGUUUAAUUUAUCAUUUGUACCAGCUAUUAUUAUGACAUUUGAUACAAUAACAUGACCAGCAUCAAAGACAACACAACUUGCAGCUGUUAGUACAUGCAAUGAUGAUACCAAAUUUCCACUACACACAUGAUGAUUAUUAUUUUUUAUUGAUACAAUAUGAGGAUAAUCUUCAAUUGGUUUUAUUACACCACGAAUUAUUUUAUUUGUUUUUUUUCCAUUACAUACUUAAAUUAAAAUUUCAUAAUUUAUUAAAUUAUAUUGAUAAUUUAUUAUUUUUAUUUAAAAACUUACAAAUAAUGGUGAAUAAAAAAAGUGUGAAUUGAAAAAUAUUCAUACUUUUAAUUUAAUUUAUUUCUAAAUUAUUUUCUGUCUUGAAACAAUGAUAGAUAAUAAAUUUAUGUAAAAUUUAUCUCAUUAAAUUUGGCAUGAAGAUAUAGCUCGAAAUUAUUAUCAUUUAAAUAAAUAUUACAAGAUAAAUAGAUUUUUAUAAAAUUUUUUAGUCUAUGUGCUUAAAAUUUAAUCAUAAUUAUAAAACGAAAAAUGAUAAUAUUUAUUUUUAUUGUUAGUUCAUGAAAAUCAUAAAUCAAAAAGUUUAUUUUCUUAUUUUUCAAUGUGGUUUUAUCAUUUCGUAAACCAGGAAUUUAAAACUUUGAAAUUUUAACAUUAUUAGUGACGAGAUAAGUAAAUACCAAUCAGUAGAAACCACGUCAGUAGAAAAAAAAAUAUAUUUUUUUGUGACGCACAGCAAGUAGACACGUAUAGAAGUUAAAUAAAUUUCAUCAUCAUCAUCAUGAUCAUGAUGAUCAGCAUCUGUAUUUGGGGAAGAGAAGGGAUAGAAACAAUCUCUCCAAUAAAUUUUUUGCUUUUCUCUCAUUAUAGUUUUCAAACAAGCAGCGAUAUAAAGUAAUUUAAAAAAUAAAAAAAAGCAACGCACAAGUAAUUUUAUUAUUAAAUGAAAAAUUUAUUAAAUUAUUUUAUAACAAUAUAUAAAGUUUAUUUUAUAAUAAAUUCAUAAAAAAACAAAAAAACAAGCUAAUGUAUUUCGAAAGUUAAAUAGAUUGAUAAAAAUAAUAAUUAUAAAAGUAUUUAUUUAAAGUAAAAAAAUAAAUGUAUACGUGUUGAUAAGUGUACCGUUAUUAAGAUAAUAAAACCACGUUCAAUCUAUUCAGGAAAAAAAAUUGAAAUAUAUAUUGAUAAUAAAAUUGUUGUUGAAUAACCAGGAAAAUAUAUAUAUUUUCCUUUUUCAAUAAUUAUAAAAUUUAAUCUUGCUGAUGUAAUUAUCUAUAUGAAAAAUAUUGUGAAUCUAAUAAUUACUAUUUGCAAAUUUAUAAAUAAUAAAAAUAAUAAUAAUAAAAAUAAGUGAAAACAGUGUGGUGUAUGUGUGACGUCAUGAGACACCAAAAAAGGCCUACAAUGUCAGCCAAGAUAUUAUUUAUAAUAUUAUUAUAUUAUUUUGUGCCAACAUCAAAAAGUUAUUUUUCAACAACUAAAAAUAUUGAUCAACAAUGUUUUUGUAAGUUGGAAGGAUCAAUUGAUGAUUGUAGCUGUAAUAUUGAUACAGUUGAUUAUUUUAAUAAUAUGAGAAUAUAUCCAAGACUUCAAAGUUUAUUGAUAAAAGAUUAUUUUCGUUUUUAUAAAGUUAAUUUAAAACAACCAUGUCCAUUUUGGGCUGAUGAUAGUAAAUGUGCAAUACGUUAUUGUCAUGUACAACAAUGUCAAGAUGAUGAUAUACCAGUUGGUUUAAAAGGUGAAACACGUAAUCAUCAAAUUUAUAUUGAAAAAAAAUAUGAUAAAUAUUUAUCAACAAAUCAAAUGAUAAAUUGUGAACAAACAGCUAAAGAUCAUAAUAAAGAACUUGGUUAUUUAAAUACAACAAUUAGUUCUGAAAAUUAUAAAGAAUUUGAAAGAUGGCAAAAACAUGAUGAUGAACAAGAUAAUUUUUGUAUAACUGAAACAUCACCUGGUGAAUAUGUUGAUCUUUUAUUAAAUCCAGAAAAAUAUACUGGUUAUAAAGGACCAAGUGCACAUAGAAUAUGGAGAAGUAUUUAUUUAGAAAAUUGUUUUAGACCAGAAAAAUCAACACAUAAUUUUAUUCAAGCAUCACAAAUGAGUGGAAUGUGUUUAGAAAAAAGAGCAUUUUAUAGAGUUGUAUCUGGUCUUCAUGCAAGUAUAAAUAUACAUUUAUGUUCAAAGUAUUUAUUGCCAAAUCAAAAUAAUCUUGGUAUUGUAACAACUGGUGCUGAAUGGGGUCCAAAUUUACCUGAAUUUCAACGUAUGUUUUCACCAGAUACAACUGGUGGUGAAGGACCAAAUUGGCUUAAAAAUGUAUACUUUAUUUAUUUAUUAGAAUUAAGAGCACUUGAUAAAGCUGCACCAUAUUUAAAACGUGAAGAAUAUUAUACUGGUAAUGAUGAUGGUGAUGAAGAAACAAGACAAGCUGUUGAUGAUAUACUGGAAGUUGUCAGAUCAUUUCCAAAUCAUUUUAAUGAGAGUUGCAUGUUUAAUGGUGGCUCUGAGGCAAUUAUGCUUAAAGAAGAAUUUCGUCAACAUUUUUUAAAUGUAUCAAGAAUAAUGGAUUGUGUUGGUUGUGAUAAAUGUAAAUUAUGGGGUAAAUUACAAGUUCAAGGACUUGGUACAGCAUUGAAAAUAUUAUUUUCUGGUAAAUUUGAUGAAUGGUCACCAACAGUUAAUAAAAAUAUUGAUAAAAGAAAUUUUUAUCUAGAAAGAAGUGAAAUAGUUGCACUAUUUAAUGGUCUUGGAAGAUUAUCUGAGAGUAUAUUUGAACUUGAAAGAUUUCGUCAAAUGAUGCGAUAGCCUAAAUUGAGGUCUUCAAAAAAUUACCUCAUAUCAACAACACAUCACACAUAGAUUAAUAGUAAUAUAAUAUUUUUUUCCUUUUAUGAUAAAUUAAUCACCACUCGAGCUAUUGGUGAUUUAUAUUUUCAUUAAAAACAUUGCACAUUAUAUAAAAUUUAAUUUUAUUUCAAUAUUUAUAGAAAAAAAAUUGCUCACUUUUGCAGUUUGAUUUUUAUCAUACCAAUUUUUUAGUCAAAAUUCAUUGUUAGAUUUUAUAAAAAAAUUUUUUACACACGGUGUAGCUUCAGUGAAUUUACAUUACAAAUUAUUUUUUGAUACAGAGUUUUUUUUUUUUUUUUUUUUUUAACGACAAAGAAGUGUUAAGAAUUUUUUUUUUCUCUAAUGUACCUACAAUCUGACUGCGUCUGUGAUAAAAUUAUUUAUUUAUUUUUUUCUUUUCAAUGCACAUUUUAUUUAAUUUUUUUUUCAUUUCAAUUGAUCAUUAAUUAUCUAUUUAUCUUUUAAUACUUUAUUUUAAUACAAAAUAGAUAGUAGCAAGUUGAUGAUUUGAUUUUUUUUUUUAAAUAAUUUUUUUUUUCGAUUUCUUUUUCGUUGAUGCAUUUUUAUUAUUUAUUAAUAUUAUUUAAUCUCAAUUGUUAUUAAAAUGUUAUUUUGUAAAUUUAAUAUAUUAUAUAUAGAUCAGUAUGAUUUGAAUGAAAAUUUUUAUGUACAUUUUUUUGUAUGAAAAUGAAACUAAAAAUUGAAUGAUUAAAAUGUAAGAAGAAUUUAAAGAUGAAUUAUAUUCUUGAGGCUGAUAUAUUUAGAAGAAAUUAAAUAUUAAGAAAAAAAA